UCUUUUAUCAGAGGUGUCGAUCAAACAAAAGUAAACUUAAAAUGAAUGGAUCUAAAGACACAGUUGUUAAAAUUUUCUUCUUGACACAUGGUCGCCACGUCAUGUAUCUAACAGCAACAGUCACAGGGAUCACAGGUAUGGCCUAGGGAUUCAUGAAAACAAGACGUUUACUGCAAAAGAGCAAAGUAAAUCAGAUCUAGCUAUUUUACAGAAGAAUGGCAGGUCAAAAAGGCCCAGUAAAAGCAGUGAUAGUUGUUGGUGGACCGCAAAAAGGAACAAGAUUUCGACCACUUUCUUUUGAUGUUCCUAAACCACUGUUUCCAGUUGCUGGUGUUCCUCUGAUUCAGCAUCAUCUUGAAGCAUGUACAAAGGUAGAAGGUUUGACAGAAAUAAUUUUGCUUGGAUAUUAUCAGUCCAAUGAGCAUAUUGCAAAAUUUAUUGAAGAAAUGAAAAAGGAAUUCAACAUACCAAUAAGAUAUUUGCAAGAAUAUGACCCACUGGGUACUGGUGGUGGACUGUAUUUGUUCAGAGAUCAGAUUCAAGCUGGGAAUCCUGAAGCCAUCAUUGUCAUUCACUCAGACAUUUUCUGUAUCCCUCCACUGAACGACAUGCUUGACUUCUUUAGAAGAAUCAACGCUGAAGAGUGUGGGAAAUUUGUUAUUCUUGGAACACAGGUUUCAGACACCAUACCACAUCACACAAGAAAAGCUGCACCAACACAGACAUCAGAUCUAGGCAAUAUUGUGGUGGAUCCAUGCACUUUAGAGGUGCUACACUAUGUUGAAAAGCCAGAAAACUAUGUUAGCUCUAUUGUAAACUGUGGUGUUUAUAUAUUUGACCAAGGCAUUUUCCAAUCCUUGGGUGAUGUUUUCCAGAAAAAGUCAACAACAGUCAAUGAUGAUGGCCCCAGUGCAAACCCUGCAUCUAUGAUGCUGGGUAAAGACAUUUGUUCCCCACUUGCUGGACAAGGAAAGGUUUUUCUGCAUCUAAUGAAGAAUGCUUUUUGGGGUUCAAUGAAAAGUGCAGGAUCAGCAAUAUAUGCAAGCAGGCAGUUCUUGGCAUCUUACAGAAAACAUCACCAGGAGAGACUAGUAGAAAGUGCUGGUGGAAAGGCAACCAUUUUGGGGGAUGUAUUUAUUCACCCAUCUGCUACAGUACACCCAACAGCCAAAAUAGGUCCAAAUGUUACGAUUGGUAAGGACUGUCGCAUUGGCCCUGGGGCAAGGGUACGAGAGUCGAUAAUUCUUGAUGGUGCAGAGAUUGAUUCCCACAGCUGUGUGCUGUUUAGCAUCGUUGGCUGGAAGUGCUACGUCGGUGCAUGGUCCAGAGUUGAAGGAACACCGCAAGAACCUUGUGCCAACUUUCCGCAUGCAUUAGUGCCAAAUGAAUCGCUUUUCUUAUCAGAUGGAAAACUGAUUCCUUCGAUUACAGUUCUUGGCUGCAACGUUACAACUAUGAGUGGUAGCAUCAUCUUAAAUUCUAUUGUGCUGCCGCAUAAAGAACUUAGUACAAGUUACAAGAACGAAAUCAUUCUAUAAUUCACACGAACACAUCCUUUAAGAUUGCUUGAAUUAGGCCAUUUACGCAACACUAGAACAUUAUUUUCUUGCUUGAAUCUGGUAGUGGUAAUUCAGUGGUAAUUAAUUGUAAAAUUAUAAACAGUUGUAAACAGAUAAAUACUGCUAUAGGAAUUCUGUUUUUGUUGUUGAUUAGCGGUACCAAAAUACCUUUUAAAAUUAACACAAACUAACUUUUUGAAACUAAUAAUAAUUCCAAGACUUGGACGACCUUUUUGAGGGAAAAAUCGUAUGUUUGUGAGACCCAUUGGAUACUCAUAAAUAAUAAAUACCUUAUUUUGAUGUAUCUGUUUUGAUAUUCAAAUCGUUGAAGUAAGGGAUAUCGCUUUUCCUUGUGGACAGGGGUUUCAGUCAUACGUGCAAUGCCAUUUUAUAUCAUCCAGGCAAUAUUUUACCGUUUCCCCUCUUUUUAAUUAUUAUAAGAUUCCAAGAAAUCAUGCUUAAAAAUCCAGGCCUAUCUCAUUUUAAUACAAUUUUCUAAAAAAGUCCUCACUUGAUAACACUUUUACUAGAUUUCGCUGUCAAUAUUUGUCUUAACAAAACCAUUUACUUUGUUAAGCUUCCUUUUUGUAAUUAUUCUCUUUGCAUUUAAUAUAUUUACGGCAUUGGAAAUUAAUUGUAGUUCAGCAUUAAUAUGAACAGUGCAUUGUAUUUUAUUGAGGAAAUCUGCCUAAGAAUCAAUGAUUUCCAUUGCAUGAAAUGAAAUAAAGUUGGGAUGAAUCCUCCAUUGAAAAGGGUUAGAAGCAAAAUGUAUUGAAACUAAAUUGUGAUCGAAUUUAGAUGAAAAAGAAAGGAUACCGGCUUAGGAAAAGACUCAAAUUUUUUCGAAAUUUUUUUAUGAUGAUUAAAUGAAAUUUAAUCAGAGUUAAUUUAA